GUCUUGGCUUUGACUUGCGACUCCGACCUCGUCUCUACAAACACCGGCACUUCACCCUUUCGUCUAUUCACAUCCACUUGCUUGGUACAUCAUGACGACUAAUGCACCAGAUGGCUCUUACCAGCGCCCUCCAAGCCAGUUCCGCAGCAUCAUCGAGAAGGGAGGCCAGUUUCCUCCAGAACGGGACCGUUACCACUUAUACGUCUCGUAUUCCUGCCCUUGGGCGACUCGUACCCUCAUUGUGCGCAAGCUUAAGGGGCUCGAGGAUAUCAUCUCCUUCACCCCGGUCGUCCCGCGCCUCGGAAAGCAGGGCUGGCCAUUCUACAACGAGGCCGACGAGUACACCACCCAUCCUGGUGCCGAACCGGACCCGCUCUACGGAUCCUCGCACGUCAAGGACCUCUACUUCAGGGCUCAGCCCGACUACAACGGCCGUUUCUCUGUCCCCAUUCUGUGGGACAAGAAGCAGCAUACGAUAGUGAACAACGAGAGCUCGGAGAUCAUUCGUAUCUUUAAUACCGCCUUCAACGAGCUGCUGGCGCCCGAAUAUACCUCGGUCGACUUGUAUCCGAGCGAGCUACGGCCCAAGAUCGACGAGUUGAAUGAAUGGGGUUAUCCACAGAUCAAUAAUGGCGUCUAUCGCGCAGGCUUUGCAACGUCUCAGGAGGCGUAUGAGAAAGCCGUGCUCGGGCUUUUCGACGGCUGGGACAAGGUCGAAAAGAUUCUGUCGACAAACGAGUACCUCCUAGGCGACAGGCUUACGGAAGCCGACGUCCGUCUGUGGGUUACUGCUAUUCGCUUCGACCCCGCCUACUAUGGUCACUUCAAGUGCAACAUACGUUCGAUCCGCCAUGGCUAUCCAGCGAUCAACAGGUGGCUAAAGAAGCUGUACUGGACGAACGAUGCAUUCAGGUCCAGCACACGGUUCGACCACAUUAAGACGGGGUAUUAUUCGCAGAAUAAUCCUAGUGGAAUUGUACCUUUAGGUCCGGUUCCCGACAUCGAACCUCUGUAAUCCAUGUAUGUGUACGAAGGCGAUAUAAUGGCAACUCUGUAGCAUGACUCGUGUCGUCGCCAGAAGGUCAGGUCAGUUCAGUGGAUGUCUACUUUCUGCUGCCAUCGAAAUGGUCCUCGGGCGCGACUAACUGCUACAGCGUACGGUGUACACAAGACGUACUUCCCCAACGGAAGAAUACCCAAAGAUUGGACACUCGCCAGGUGCCUGUGAUGCCCAGACCUAUACGACGACCAAGG